UGUCAGGGUCGCACCGCCCUAGGGCUUGCGCCUGGACUUCGUCCCUCCCAGAUAUCCCAGCCAGCGAGCAAUUGCUCUGACCGCAGCCGGAGCCAAUGGCAAAAACCGUCCUGAAGCCCGGCCCCGCGGAAGGAACGGUUUCAGAGUUGUUUGUUUCUCUUUGAUAGAGGGACUCUGCCUUGUUCUGGCUUUUACUCUGUGCGUGACCAGACAACCUCCAGAAGCUGUUUAAGGCGAGGAACGAGAACACCGGGCAGCCAGAAGGAUGAAGUAUCUGCUUGACUUUAUUCUGAUGCUGCCCUUGCUCAUCGUCUUCUGCAUAGAGUCUUUCAUCAAGCUUUUUGUUCCCAAGAAGAAAAAAUCAGUCUCCGGAGAGAUUGUCCUGAUCACUGGAGCUGGUCAUGGAAUUGGAAGACUGACUGCCUACGAAUUUGCCAAACUUAAAACCAAAUUGGUUCUCUGGGAUAUCAAUAAGAACGGCAUCGAGGAGACAGCUGCGAAGUGCCGGGAACUGGGUGCCCAGGCCCAUCCCUUCGUGGUGGACUGCAGCAAGCGGGAAGAGAUUUACAGCGCUGCGAAAAAGGUAAAGGAAGAAGUUGGAGAUGUUAGCAUUCUGGUAAAUAACGCGGGCGUUGUCUACACUUCAGAUCUGUUUGCUACGCAAGACGCUCAAAUUGAGAAGACUUUCGAAGUCAAUGUGCUUGCACACUUUUGGACCACAAAGGCAUUUCUUCCAGAGAUGAUGAAGAACAAUCACGGCCAUAUUGUCACCGUGGCGUCAGCAGCUGGGCACACGGUGGUUCCCUUCUUGCUGGCUUACUGUUCCAGCAAGUUUGCUGCUGUUGGCUUCCACAGAGCCUUGACUGACGAGCUGGCUGCCCUGGGAAAAACCGGCGUCAAAACAUCAUGUCUCUGCCCUAACUUCAUCAACACAGGCUUCAUCAAGAACCCGAGUACCAAUUUAGGACCCACCCUGGAACCUGAAGAGGUGGUAGAACAUCUCAUGUAUGGGAUCCUCACUGAGAAGAAAAUGAUAUUUGUUCCAGGUGCUAUAGCGUUUUUGAUGGUAUUGGAAAGGAUCCUUCCUGAGCGAUUCCUGGCAGUUUUAAAACACAGGAUCAAUAUUAAGUUUGAUGCAGUUAUUGGAUACAAAGAUAAAUGAUGAAGACUGCCUGGUCUUCUUGAAAGCUGAUUUACCAUCUCAAGUUGAUUUCUUCCCAUAUUAAUCAAUAUUUUAAUGUUUUUAA